ACUCUGAGCUCCUCCGACGUGUCCAGCUGGGACGCCCGACGCGCGCUCUCCGCGAUCGGGUCUCAGGGCACACGGUGCUGCCAAGAUGCUUGGGGGCCCCUGCUCCGUGCUUCUGCUCUGUGGGCUCCUGAGGGCCGUCCAUGCCCAGCAGCAGGAAGUCAUCUCACCUCCUGGUACCUCAGAGAGAAAUAACAACUGCCCAGAGAAGGCUGAUUGCCCCGUCAACGUGUACUUCGUGCUGGACACCUCGGAGAGCGUCGCCAUGCAGCCCCCCACAGACAUCCUGCUGUCCCACAUGCAGCAGUUCGUGCCGCAGCUCAUCAGCCAGCUACAGAACGAGCUGUAUCUGGGCCAGGUGGCUCUGAGCUGGCGCUACGGUGGCCUGCACUUCUCCGACCAGGUGGAGGUGUUCAGCCCGCCAGGCAGCGACCGCGCGUCCUUCACGCGCAGCCUACAAGCUGUGCGCUCAUUCCGCCGCGGCACCUUCACCGACUGUGCUCUGGCCAACAUGACGCAGCAAGUGCGGCAGCUGGGCGGCCGCGGCGUGCACUUCGCCGUGGUCAUCACCGACGGCCACGUCACAGGCAGCCCUUGCGGUGGCAUUAAGCUGCAGGCUGAACGCGCGCGAGAGGAGGGCGUGCGGCUCUUCGCUGUGGCCCCCAACCGCAACGUGAAGGAGCAGGGCCUGCGCGACAUCGCCAGCCCGCCGCUCGAGCUGUACCGCAACAGCUAUGCCACGAUGCUGCCGGACUCGUUAGAGAUCGACCAGGACACUAUCGAGCGCAUCAUCCGGGUCAUGAAACACGAAGCCUAUGGGGAGUGCUACAAGGUUAGCUGCCUGGAGAUCCCCGGCCCCCCCGGCCCCAAGGGCUACCGCGGACAGAAGGGUGCCAAAGGCAACAUGGGUGAGCCAGGAGAGCCUGGUCAGAAGGGGAGACAGGGAGAUCCAGGCAUCGAAGGCCCCAUCGGAUUCCCAGGACCCAAGGGUGUUCCUGGCUUCAAAGGGGAGAAGGGUGAAUUUGGAGCAGAUGGUCGGAAGGGUGCACCUGGCCUGGCUGGCAAGAAUGGGACUGAUGGACAGAAGGGCAAACUGGGACGCAUUGGACCUCCUGGCUGCAAGGGGGACCCUGGAAGCAGGGGUCCCGACGGUUACCCAGGGGAAGCAGGGAGCCCCGGGGAGCAAGGAGACCAAGGUGCCAAGGGGGACGCUGGCCGCCCAGGACGCAGAGGACCCCCAGGGGACAGCGGGGCCAAAGGCAGUAAGGGCUACCAAGGCAACAACGGAGCCCCCGGAAGCCCCGGUGUGAAAGGAGCCAAGGGCGGGCCUGGGCCCCGCGGACCCAAGGGCGAACCUGGGCGCAGGGGAGACCCCGGAGCCAAGGGCAGCCCUGGCAGUGAUGGAGCCAAGGGGGAGAAGGGGGACCCUGGCCCUGAGGGGCCCCGGGGCCUGGCUGGAGAAGUGGGGAGCAAAGGAGCCAAGGGAGACCGAGGAUUGCCUGGACCCAGAGGCCCCCAGGGAGCUUUUGGGGAGCCUGGGAAGCAGGGAUCUCGGGGAGACCCUGGUGAUGCUGGGCCCCGUGGAGACUCGGGACAACCUGGCCCCAAGGGAGACCCCGGCAGACCUGGAUUCAGCUACCCAGGACCCCGAGGAACACCUGGAGAAAAAGGCGAGCCUGGCCCUCAAGGCCCCGAGGGAGGCCGAGGCGACUUUGGUAUGAAAGGAAGACCUGGGAAGAAAGGAGAGAAGGGAGAACCUGCUGAUCCUGGUCCACCUGGUGAGCCAGGCCCUCGGGGGCCAAGAGGAGUCCCAGGACCCGAGGGUGAGACCGGCCCCCCUGGAGACCCUGGCCUCACGGAAUGUGACGUCAUGACCUAUGUGAGAGAGACCUGCGGGUGCUGUGACUGUGAGAAGCGUUGUGGCGCCCUAGAUGUGGUCUUCGUCAUAGACAGCUCUGAGAGCAUUGGCUACACCAACUUUACCCUGGAGAAGAACUUCGUCAUCAACGUGGUCAACAGGCUAGGGGCCAUUGCCAAGGACCCCAAAUCGGAAACAGGGACACGAGUAGGUGUGGUGCAGUACAGCCAUGAGGGCACCUUCGAGGCCAUCCAGCUGGAUGAUGAGCGCAUUGACUCCUUGUCCAGCUUCAAGGAAGCUGUCAAGAACCUCGAGUGGAUUGCGGGUGGCACCUGGACACCCUCUGCCCUCAAGUUUGCCUACGACCGACUCAUCAAGGAAAGCCGGCGCCAGAAGACACGUGUGUUCGCAGUGGUCAUCACAGAUGGGCGCCAUGACCCACGCGACGAUGACCUCAACCUGCGGGCGCUGUGUGACCGUGAUGUCACGGUUACAGCCAUCGGCAUUGGUGACAUGUUCCACGAGAAGCACGAGAGUGAAAACCUCUACUCCAUUGCCUGCGACAAGCCACAGCAGGUGCGCAACAUGACGCUCUUCUCCGAUCUCGUGGCUGAGAAGUUCAUUGAUGACAUGGAAGAUGUCCUCUGCCCAGACCCUCAGAUCGUGUGUCCAGAUCUUCCCUGCCAAACAGAGCUAUAUGUGGCACAGUGCACACAGCGGCCCGUGGACAUCGUCUUCCUGCUGGAUGGCUCCGAGCGGCUGGGUGAGCAGAACUUCCACAAGGCCCGGCACUUCGUGGAGGAGGUGUCACGGAGGCUGACACUGGCACGCCGGGAUGAUGACCCACUCAACGCACGCGUGGCACUGCUACAGUAUGGAGGCCAGGGUGAGCAGCAGGUGGCCUUCCCACUCACCUCCAACCUAACAGUCAUCCAUGAGGCGCUAGAGGGCGCCCGUUACCUCAACUCCUUCUCACACGUGGGCACGGGCAUUGUGCAUGCCAUCAACAACAUUGUGCGUGGUGCACGUGGAGGAGCUCGCCGCCACGCCGAGCUGUCCUUCGUGUUCCUCACGGACGGCGUCACUGGCAACAAUAGCCUAGAGGAGUCAGUGCACUCUAUGCGCAAGCAGAACGUGGUGCCCACCGUGGUGGCCGUGGGUGGUGACGUGGACAUGGACAUGCUCACCACCCUCAGCCUGGGUGACCGCGCAGCCAUCUUCCGAGAGAAGGAUUAUGACAGUUUGGCACAGCCUGGCUUCUUCGACAGGUUCAUCCGGUGGAUCUGUUAGCCCCACCGCGGGCCCUGCCUGUGUGUGGUCCCCUUACUCCAGUAGUCGGGUCCUGAGCCCACCUCCCGUCCACGGUGCUAAACAGACCCCUGCCUAGCGGUCUGGCCAGACUGCAGACUCAGGGUCCGCUGCCAGGAGGGCCCCUUGCGGGUGGGGGUGCAGGUCUCUGUGGAAGCUGGGAGGGGAGCUCACAUAGCCCAAGGCCUCCUACCUGCAGCUCCCAGCACCCCUAGCCACCCACUCAGGCUCUCUUCUCCAUCCUGCUCACACCACCCUGGACUUUCUCAUGCCACAUCUUGAGCUCCAAUAGCUGUAGACCCUCCACAGGCCCAGUUGGCCUCCCACAGCACUUGGGGUCCAUGCUGUAGCCCUUUUGGAAGGGUCCCUGCCAGCUCUCACCUGCCCUCCCUAGACCCCCUCCUCACCUGCCCCACCCCUGAGUUCUGAGGGUCCCCAGGCCUCUCAGUCCAAUAAAGGCUUUGAACCCAC